AUGGAGUGUGGCAAAAUGUUGGCUAUUGCAAUGUUUGUUUCGUCGGUUGUGAUUGUUGUUGGAGGAACUAAGGUAAAGAGUUUGCCUCCAUGUAAUUUUCCAGCAAUCUACAAUUUUGGCGACUCAAAUUCAGACACUGGCGGUUUCGCAGCAGCAUUUGGAGUUACGGGAUUACCAUAUGGUAAAACUUUCUUUGGAAAGCCAUCAGGAAGAGCUUCUGAUGGGCGUCUCCUUAUUGAUUUUAUAGCUGAGCAAUUGGGACUACCAUAUUUGAGUGCAUACUUGAAUUCAAUUGGAACAAAUUACAGUCAUGGUGCCAAUUUUGCAUUUGGAGGUGCAUCUAUUAGGCAAAUGCAUGAUCAACUUAACCCCUUUUAUCUCCGCCUCCUGACCACACAAUAUGCUCAAUUCAAGGCUCGAGUCACUGGUCUUUACAACCGAGGCAAAAACACGAGCAGACUCCCGAGGCUUGAAGACUUCUCUAAAGCUAUUUAUACCUAUGAGAUUGGGCUGAAUGAUGUUAUCAGGGCAAUGUUUGUUCUCAAUUCCCACGAACAAAUACCAGAUAUUCUUAAUCAAUUUGCUCAAGCAAUUCGUGACUUGUAUAAACUAGGGGCAAGGACAUUUUGGAUACUUAAUAUGGGCCCAAUUGGUUGCUUGCCAAUAAACCUAAAUUAUAUCUUGAAUCGAACAGAGGAAUCUUUUGAUCAGAAUGGUUGCAACAAUAGGUGGAAUAGAAUGGCCGUGGAGUAUAAUAAGCAGCUUAAGAACAAAUUGAUCAAACUGAGAAGGAAGCUCGCAGAGGCUGCAAUAACAUAUGUGGAUGUUUAUACAGCAAAAUAUAGACUUAUCUGCAACGCAAAGAACCUUGGAUUUACCAACCCUCUGAAGUAUUGCAUUCAGUAUAUUAAAAAGAAAAAUGGUAUCAAAGUGGAAGAUGAUCAAUGUAAUGCUUCAGCAUUUAUCAGUUGGGAUGGCACACACUAUACAGAUGCUGCAAAUCAUUUGAUUGCUAAAAGCAUACUAAAUGGUUCAUUGUCUGAUCCUCCACUUCCCAUAACCCAUGCAUGCCAUAAACAUGCUCCUCCUCGAUCUGAUGUUGUUAAAAGCUUAAAAUAUGGAAUAUUAGUGAACCUUCUAGGUAUGGGAGCUGCUAUCCUUGGAAUGCAAGCCACGGUAGGAUUGUUGGUUGCAAAAGCUUUAACUUCUUUAGCCACUCCUUAUUACCAGGGCAUCUCACUUGGCUACCGCCCUAUGAAAGCUCUUGAUCGAAGAGAAGAUUAUCAUUUUGGUCACUAA